AAAAAAUAAACAACACGAGCGCAUUGAUCGGUAGCGGUUCUUUGUGUUUUUUAUAAUUAAAAGCCGAUAACGCCUACAAAAAUGCCCAACAAGAGAAAUAAACACGAAGAAGACAGUGAGGAGGAAAUAGAAUCCGGCAGCGAAAGGGAUUCGGAUGUGGAUUCCGAUGGAAACUUUGUCGGCGAAGAGCAAGUCCAGGCCGAUUUCGAAGGACGCAAUCCUGAAGAAUGUGACUUCCAUGGCAUCAAGCAGUUGCUGAGACAGCUGUUUUUAAAAUCCAACGUCGACCUGAGCGCUCUGGCUCAAAUUAUCAUCUCCCAGAACUAUGUUGGCAGCGUGGUGAAGCAGUGUCUUGAUGAGGUGGAGGAAGAUGAUGAUGAAGAGGAUGGCAGUGAUGGAGUUUUUGGAAUCACGACAGUCAUUAACUUAACUAAGAGAAAAGAUGAGAAAUGUAUUCAAGAAAUUAGACAACUGCUAACCACACUUGCCAAUGAAAAUGCAGAUGAAAAGACAAAAUCCCUAGUAAAUAAAAUAUUAGCGGAAAGUUCAAACCACGUCGGAUUAGUUAUUAAUGAAAGAAUUCUAAACAUUCCAGCUGCUAUAAGUGUUCCAUUGUUUUCGUCUUUACAAAACGAGUUACAGAAGGCAAUACAGAAGAAUAUGCCAUACACUUUCCAAUACCUCGUGUGGAUAUGCAAGACAUACAAAAUUGCAGAUGACGACUCAGAAGUGUUGUUUGCUAACCAAGAAGAGAAGCCACUUACGGAGGAAGCGCUGGCCAGCUUUGAUGUUGAUGUGACGGAGCAAGCAGAUCUCUCCCAGUGGGAUUACGACGGAGGUGCCAUGACGCCGUGUAGAAAAGUGCUCAUUUUUGAUGGCAAAAAAUUCGAUACAUUGGUGAGAUUGCUGAAAGAAGAGGUAGAAAGCAUCUAAUUUCUCAGUGCAAGCUAUUUUAUACUGUAUUCGCCAUACACUUGUAUAUUAAUAUAUUCGUAAUUAAAAUAUUGUAAGCUUUUAAA